AGAAGGUUCUCAGUGAUAGUAGCGUACUGCAAAAUCUGCGCGCGAGAGAGAUGGCAGUAGAGGUAACGGAGGGUGCUCCCAAGAACAAGAACGCCGAUGCUAACGGCGUCAAAGACAAAGGCAAGAAGAUAAUCCGUAUUCAGGUUUCGAAAACUAAGAAACCUUUCUUCUUCUACCUCAAUCUUGCCAAGAAGUACAUAAAGCAGGACAAUGACGUGGAGCUCUGUGCACUGGGCAUGGCCAUUCCAACUGUUGUGAUCAUCUCUGAGAUUUUGAAAAGUAACGGGUGGGCAAUUGAGAAAAAUAUCAUGACAUCCACGGUUAUUUCCAAGGAAGAGAAAGAAGGUCGGGGGAUUCCGAAGGCUAAGCUUGGGAUUUUGCUGGGAAAGGCUACAGAUACGGAACAUAGCACUAUUGAGAAUCAAAGCACUGUUGAUACUAAGGCAUAGCAGUUAGAGUAGUUUGACCUAAGGCCAUCACCAUUUGACUCUUGUAAAACGUGUUCAUUGUAUAUAUCAUCAUAUGGUUUGCCCUUUGAUUUCUCCAGCGUUAUUUUCUUUUA